AUGAUAAGCAGCGAAGCGAAGGGAGGCAUAUUGGAUAGGCUGUCACAGCUCGAGGACCUGUACUUCCCUCGCGCGGUACAAUCCUCCGCAGCCACUCCCUCCCAACGCAAGUCCCUCCUCCUCGACCUCCUUUCUCGCGAUGUCGCCGUUUUCUUAGAGCGGUAUGGAUCAAAAUUAUCCCUUGAGGAACUCAAAGAAUUUGAUGUGUUGAAAGAUGAUUACGAAAUCAAUUGGCAUUUAAAUCGGCUAAGGAGUGUCAUCAGUCCAACUGAGGAGGAAAAGAAGUCUAAGUCUGCAAAGAUCAGGAAUCGAAGGCUAGCAUAUAUGGAUAACUUAAUGGCAGGUAGGCAAUACUUUUCUGAGGAUGCAAUGAGGGAGAGAGAGCCCUAUUUGCAUCAUGAGUAUGUGGGAAAAUUUCAGGACCUGAGUGGAAGGAGCAUGGCAAGGCCUGGGGAGCGGUGGUCGGAGACGUUGAUGAGGCGAUCUGAGGAGGCCAUAUUAGUGGAGAAAAUUAGGGUGGAGCAGCAACGAUUGGGUGUGGCUCAGAGUGAUUGGGUUGGAAUUGAAAGAGAAAGGCAAGAAGAAGAAGAGGAAGAAGAGGAGGAAGAAGAAGAAGAGGAAGAGGAAGAAGAAGAGGAAGAAGAAGAAGGUGGAGGUAAGGAGGAGAUGGAGAAGGGAAGACAGGACUUGACAGUUGGCCUCGAUACUAAAAACUCUAGGAGCUUUGAGCUACACUCGAAUCAUGGGGCCUACAACAAUGGGCAAUCUUCAACCGCAGAACCCAUCGGAGAAGAUAGUUCGUCACCUGAGGAGAUGAAAGAUCGGAUGGAGCAAUUCACCUAUAUCAUGCAGCAAAAGUUUUUGGCAGGGGAAGAUCAUCAGCAUCUGGACUACUCCAAAAUUGACGAGGAUGAGACCUUAGAUGAUCACUGGAUGAAAGAAGUAAAUCACGACGCUGAAGAAAAAUACUUUGAUGAUAUCUGA